GCUUUAUCACAUGUAGUUUGGAUCGCCCUUGGAGUCAUUGCUGCUCUGGUUGCGGUUGCUGGAGUGUUUUUUUUUCUACUGGAACAAGAGACCAUGUCAUCCAAGGGAAACAGAAACCCUACGGAGGUGGAUGGAGUCACGUGAUCACGGCUUGGACCAUUUAAUGAGCAUCACCAUGGCAACCGUUGCAAUGAUGAUUAUGGUGGUGAUGGCAACGGCAGGAGUCAAAGUGAUGGAUGCGUGCGAUGAAAAGACAGAUGAAACGCUGAGUGUGCACUACGGGGAAUCCGUGCUCCUGAAUUGUUCACUGCCACCUGAACACAAAGAGCGUCACUUGAAAUCUGUGCACUGGAAGAAAAAAACCCCCAACACACAAUCAAUAAACCUCUUAUACUACGAGGAGUCAAUGAGAAAACUGGAUACUCCUUCCGGAAUAACGUUAGUGGGCAACCCAAGUGCUGGGGAUGGUUCGCUGGUCUUCAACAUGAGUGAGGUGGACAGGGCAGGCGUGUACUGGUGCGAACUCAAGGCCAAAGUCGGGAUGGAAUCGCGAUUCUCUAAGAAGAUUUGUGUGACCGUCAGAGAGGCCAGCUUGCCAGUCAGUACCACGGUUGCUACAGUCCCGCAGCUGGAAUGGGUGGAGAUGGCGGCAUUUAUCGCUGGCAGCGUGGUCCUCUUUGUCAUCCUCGUAGUCCUCGCCGCGUGGGGCUACCACAGGAACCAGCAGAGGAUAAUGGAGCGCUUCAUCAACAGAGCGAGUGUUCAAACAACGGGGCCCUACGAGAAUUUUCAACCAAGCAAGCCGCGUGCAACCAAUGGACGACCUUCAUUAAGCACUAUUGGAAUGGCAUCUGCGCAGCAGUCCAGCAAAUCAGUGGUCAUUCGGACAGACGAGCAGAACUUUCAGGAAGCAUGUAUCUAUGACAAUGAAACCUAGAAACGGGAAGACAAGAAUACGAUACAAGCAUCUACUGGCAGGAGGAGGGAAUUAAUUGUCAAUGUCAGAGGCAAUGAACUGGCACCACAGAGAUUCUGGGAUUAAAUCCAACUUCGAGACCUCCAUCAUUAAUCUAUAGAAGCCCCCUCAGUAAUACUUUACUUGGUGGUAGGCACAUAUUCUUCUCCGCUACCCCUGUACGUUGGACAUUUGCGAAAUUGUUUAUUAUUAUUGUUGUCAAGCCCCAAAUAUCACACCUCCUGGCUUUGACAUUCCUCGAUUAAACUGAUGUAACCAUCAACCACAUGAUAUAAUUAACAGACCGAUGCACGCAUUUGCGUCAUAAGUGGAAACUUAGAGACAAGCCACAAGAGGGCGACUGUGGGCAUGCAACGCAAACUAUAGACCAUACAGCAAACACCACUUUAGUCUGCGCUCAUUCAAUUCAAGAAAACCGAAGCUACACGAACUCUCUAUUCAAGGCAUCUUGUGGCUCGCAGACAUCGACAAUGCAUUUAGCUCCUGCCAUUCAAGAACAGAAUUAUUCAAAAUAGAGGUUUUUUGGGUUAGAUCGCGUAAAUAUAUAAAUGUGUCUUUAAAACCCACCACCACCCGACACAGCCAACUAGUAAGGGUUGUCACGUAAACAGAACAUGCCAAUUCGUCACUAGUACAGCACACCGGUGUGUGGGAGAGCCAAGCCACAACAUGUACAAUCUGAUUCUAGAUUUGAGGCUUUCGUAACUGCAAGGAUACAUACUCUUUGGUUAUUUUCGGUAAAGUCACGUAGGUUAAAAAAGAAAACAAAUAAAUUAAAUCACGACAUUUCGGAGGCAACACAAGCCUCCGUCUUCAGGUGGAACCGUCACAGCAAAAUUACUCACUUGAUACAGUAAUAUUGGUGACGGUUCCGAAAGAACCAAAGAGUAUGGAUUCCUGCAGUCACGAAAGCUUCAAAUCAAUGUUUUUGUCAUGAACAUUUUAAAGGAAAAUAUAAUCUAGAAAUACAAAUCUUGUAUAUAUAUGCCUGGGAUUUAUCUCUGAGUUGUAAAUUCUUAGUACGAAGCCUCUUCAAUGAAAAGAGGCAUUGACAUUAUUGAAUCAUUCCACUUUCGUGCUAUAUAAAAUCAAUGAAGUCAUGUUAUAUAAAUAACGGGACACAUGUCGCCAGAGCAUUUAUAUCCGUGACUUUAAAGUCCUUUUUGUAAAUCAAUUAUGAAGCAUCCACUGUCAGACAGCCCAGGAAACACAGCUUAGGUGUCUAUCUACAGUGUUAUAGAGCUGUCAGAUACAUAACAAAUAAUAUUUCUCGGUGAUAAAGAAGCGGAAUAUUCUGGCCUCGGACUCGUGUGGUGGAUCUCGAACAGCUUGGGAUGAGGUAAUCAGAUGUGAACCAAUUUGGUGGUGGUGGGUAGAGAGACUGGUGAGUUUUUGGUCACGAGGGUGGCUCCUGUUUCCAAGCAUAAGGGUUGCUGGUAGGUUCCCGUGACCUGGAAAUUCUAUAUUAUUUUAGAGUAGAGGCAAACACCCUCUGUAAUGGGAAGCUACUGCAUGAAGAGCUUUCGAUAGUUUGUUUCCCGCUUUACAAACACGGUGCAUUGGGAUCUAUGGAUGAAGCGGGGUUUACAAAUAUAAAUUUGUCUUGUUCGAAAGCUAUUACGUUAAUCUUGACCGAGAUACCAGUCAAGUUGUCAAUUAAAAUGUACUGGUCAGUCCUCCCCCACCCCCCUCUUCUUUCUUCCAUUCUUCCAUUGUCUCCUUCAUAAAUGCACUGCUCCCAAUUGGUACCCCUACCGUGGUAGGGAAGCGAGCCGGGAUGCCCUCGAUCGAUCCAAAAUUUUGCGUGUGCAUUACGUAGAGUUUGUUAUGCAUUUCAAUGUUGGAGUUUUUUUUCCUCUUUGAAAUUUACUUAGUAUUCUGGAUUCUUUCACGACAAUAAAAUAUCCAACAACAACGGAGGGCGAUGCUCACAACAACGAGUGACAAAAUACAGCAAAUUUACAAAGUACGGGGCACAGCUGUUUCAUCUACCAAUCAUAUCAGUCAGUCAACCGAUGGCAACUCGGUCUGUCCUGUGACCUGUCAGCGAGCCUUCGAUACUUUACGUAGCCUCAAAGUGCACCUGGCCUGGCACAAGCACCAUGGUGAUAUCACUGUCACUUAGUUUUGAAUGACGGCUGUUGUUUGUAUUGCUGUUAUUGUUGAUGGUGAUAGUAGUGGCUGUGCUAGUGAUGGUGGUGUUGGUGUUGUCCGGUAAAAACAACCCCAUUCCUUGUUCACCUUAGGGUGGAACAGGGAUGUCAUCUGGCUCCCACAUUACACUGGUCUACAAUUUUUUAGACUUCGUCUGCUACAGAGAUGAAAUGUGCUGUUUAUUAUGGUUUUGAUGUUCUGAAUUCAAAUAUAACAAUUAAAACAACUGAUUGGCUACUAUUCCCAAGAUAUUUAAGUUUUAACAUUUUACAUCUACAUAUAUUGUGUAGAGAAUAGAGUUUUACUCAUAAAUUGUAAACCUAGGUCUUUAAAUGUGUUAUGGUUGCUUUACAUAAUAACAUGUCACCUGUCCUGUUCAUAUAACACUUAAAAAAUCAGCAAAAGGGUUAUAUAAAUAAAAUGUAUUAUGAAACAAAAGGCAAAAAACUAUUAUAUAUAAGUACAUAGUUUAGUCCUUAUUCAGUGUCUACUCGGUGCUUCUUGGCUUGUCUCUUGUAUUCAUUAAAUGGAGCAUCUCUUGUCACUGUACAGCAAUAGUCUGCAAGCAUUUUCGAUUUAAAGCUUUCAUGACUGCAGGGAUUCAUCUUCUUAGUUCUUUCGGUAAAGUCACGUAGAAGGGAAAUUUAACCGCCUCUACGGGGAGGGAUUCCACGUAACUUUGAGAUCCUUCAACAAACUCCGGGAUAAUAAGGCUCAGAUAUGUAGUUUAUAUUUUAGUUGUUUACGUGGUGGUUUGGCUGCUGCAGCUCCUUAAAAUUAAAAUGUCCCUCCCUCUAUUCCCUUCUACGUGACUU